AUGGAGACUUUGGCGAUGUUCGACACCGUGGAGACGGCGGAUUGCGUCGAGUCCUGCCCUGUAGCUAGCUUCGAGUCCUCCAUGGUGGUAGCCACGUAUCAACUUCAUAAAGCAGCGGAGAUUGGCGAAGCGCAGGAUCAUCGAAGUGGCACUUUGCAACAUUUCCAACUGGACUGCAAAGGAGCGAUCAACACCGAUGAUGUAGACGUGGAAGUGCACAAGCUGGAAAACGAAACUCUGACUUCCAGCGGCAUCUUCGACAUCAAAUGGAACACGCAGGCAAUGAAUGACAAGGCGAUACUUGGUGCCGCCACGGCUGGGGGCUCGUUGGAGCUUUACGAGUUGACUCAGAAAGGAAAUAAGCAGACGUUGCAGCACUCGGGGAUCACCACCGACGCUGAUGCGGCUUCCAUGUGCUUGUCGCUAGACUGGAACAACCGUGUGCACCUCAAUGGUCAGCCGUCCAUCUGCUUGAGCCACUCGGACGGCACUCUAUCGGUCUGGAAUAUUGCACAACAGGGCAUCAUUCAGCGUGCCAAGUGGCACGCGCACGACUUGUACGGAUCACCCAUCGAGGUGUGGAUCUCAGCUUUUAACUGCCAUGACCCAAACGUACUGUUUUCAGGAGCAGACGACGCGGUCCUAAAGGGAUGGGACCUGCGCGCUGGAACUGCAGCACCAACCUUCAAGAACUCGCGGCAGUAUUCUAUGGGCGUGUGUAGCAUCCAGUUCCAUCCGCACGAUGAGCGAUUGGUUGCUGUAGGCAGUUACGAUGAGCAGGUAGUGAUCUGGGACUACCGCAACAUGACACGCCCAUUGGUUGUGUACGGUGCCGGUGGUGGUGUCUGGCGCCUGAAAUGGCAUCCAGCUAAGAGCCGCAAGGAGCUACUACUGGCCGCCUGUAUGCACAAUGGAUUUCAGGUGCUCGAGCUCGAGGCGAGCGAAUCGAAGCUGCAUAAGGUGGUGAGCUAUGAUCGUCACAAUUCGCUCGCGUACGGUGUAGAUUGGUGGCUACAUCCAGCUGCUCUAUCGGCUAAAGCACCUGUGAUCGGCUCUGCUUCCUUUUACGAUCAUAUCUAUCACGUUUGGCGUCAACCGUUACAAUCGAGUAUCUGUAGUUGA